UGUUACUUAACUUCUGCCAGGAGCGGCUAUUGCAGCUGUGAGGUAUGUGAUGUGGCUGAAUAAAGGGCUCUGUCUGAUCGCUCCGCACCAGCUCCCCGUACCCAGAGCUGUGGGCUCCUUAUAUAACCCCUCGGUAUAUGGAGGCAGGCUAGCGCCAUGACAAAGUGUAUCGUGAAGGGGUGUUCCAACACCACUCAGAAGAACAGCGGCGUCACGCUUCAUGGUUUCCCCAACUCGCUCAGCGCUAUUAAGCUGUGGCUGGAACAGACUGGCAAUGAUUUUGGGGAUCUGGACGCCUUCGCCAAACGCGUCCUUGACUCGAGGAGCAGGUGGAUAUAUCGAAUGUGCUCCAAGCAUUUCUCCCCGCAGAGUUACAUCUGGAGCGGUAAGAAGCUGAUUCUGAGGCCGGACGCCGUGCCCACCAUAUUCCCAGGGAAAAUGAACAGAUACAUCAUGGAGGAUGUGCUGGGUUUUACACGGUCAGAGAGCGCACAAGUGGAGAUGCAGUUGCAGCUGGAUUCCAUUACACAACAACAUGGUGGACACCAUCCGACGGCACUCUGUAAGUGUCAGACCUCCGAAGCUCCAAAAACAAGCAAAACUGAACAUCGACAUAAAGAGGAGGUAAAACAGGCACCAACGCCCGCCACGGGCAAGGUCAUGGUGGACAAGUCAACCAACACUGAUCCCAUGGUGGGUAAGGCGGACAAAGGCACGCUGUGGCCUGAGUUCGAAUACAAUUUCGACGGCGAGCCAUGGAAGAUAAAGCACGAUCACUUUUACCCUCACGUCCGCUUGGCAAAAGACCCUAAGAAAAGAGGGAGGCCAUCGAAGCACAGGGACUCUUUCUGGUGCACAAACGAUUAUGAAUCAAUUAAGAACUCCCUUAACCACAAGCAUCGUUAUCCGCUGACCGACUCACCCUACAUCUUCAUUGAGAGGGAUUAUUUUGAUGCAGACAUGGUACCCAUAACAUCCGGGGACAUGGCCGUCUUUUUCUCCAGAGAAGAAUGGAAGUACAUAGAAGAACACAAGGAGGACUACCAGGACAUGCUGCCCGAUGAGCCGCCCUUCAGCAAGUUCCGCCUCCCGCAGGGCUGGGGCCCAGAUAAUCCCAAAGAUGAGCCGGCAGCUACAGAAGUCAGUUUUCCGACGCCUGCAUCUCCAGAAGAUUCCAAAGAAAGAAUGCUGAUUACAGAAGAUGGUCUGUAUACUUCCCUGCACUAUGAUGCCGCUCCUACCAGUCCCCCAGAGCACAUUAAAGAAGAAAUAGAAGAAAUUCAUAUAUCAGACAAGGGCUUCCCGGAGCCUAAGAGUGAAUGCACGGAUUAUCCUGCAGAUGAAGUGAAAGAAGAAAUGGAGGAAUGUUCCAUUACAGACAGAGAUUUGGGGCAAAACCUGGAUUAUUCAUCAGAUGACUUCUUUCCCGAAGAGAGAAAAAGAGCUAACAAACAAGUCCAGUCCAAUGAAGACGAAGAUGCCACAGCUCCUGGCUUGAUGGGGGAAGAGAACUCCCAUGAAACCGACACAAACAAUAAAAAGAGCCCUUGUGCCGGCGCCUCUCCCACCAACAAUGCCGGGGAAGGGGAGGGAAAGGAGGAGAACAGGAAUGCGUCGGAUCUAGACCUUGAAGAGGAGGAGGGAGGCUUGUGGCCCCGUAAGUGCAAAUUCUGCAGCACUUGGUUCUCUAACUAUUUCCAGCUUUCUCUCCAUUUAAAAACCCACGCCGUCAAGAAGCUCCUGAAGUGCCCGACGUGCCAGAAAAGCUACAAGUUCCAAUCCCAGCUCAUCACCCAUCAGAAAACGCACAGAGUCAAGCAGCGGGUUUACACCUGCCCCGUAUGCCAUGUCCAAUACGCACAGAAGUACCAGUUUGCUGCCCACAUGCGCAUCCACCCUGGCGAGAAGCCGCACAUGUGUGACGAGUGCGGCAAGUGCUUUGCCCAGAAGGGUUCCCUGGUUCUGCAUCAGAAGAAGCACAAAGGACUGAGCCCGUUCAAAUGCAAACAGUGCGGGAAGCAGUUCGAUAAAAGGUAUAAGCUUGUAAAUCACCAAAAAUGCCACCGAACGGAAAAAAAUCCCACUAACAGUUGACGGUUGGGUGUACUUGCCCUUGAGCCGGUACAUACAGAAUGACAAUUCAGCAUUGAUUUCUCUGCAGUCAGCCUGGAAAACACUCGCCGUCUGGCUGUCUUGGCAGGAAAUGAUCUCUGCACAUUAUCCCAGUGUGUUGCUUGGGCUCCUGUUGGACUACAGGCUGUGAAUGAUGGGAAAUGUAGUCAGAGAGUCACGUGAGGGUAACCCAGGUGUAUUUAACAGCAGUACAGUCGGUUGUAAUAAGAUUGCAUUCCUUAGAAGCCAGGGGGAAAAGGGAUGCCACAGCUGCCAUUGAGAAUAUUGGCCAUAUAAUCCGACCAAUCGUAUCCUUAAAGAGGAUCAUCAUAUCCUUAUAUAGAGGAUAUUUGUAGCUUUCCCCCCCCACACACUUUUUUAUGGCAAACUACAGUGUCUUCAAGGAUCCAGAUUGUCGGUGUAUGCCUGCUGUGUCCUUGAUUUAAAGAACCAGUGUAUGGUGUGGGGGCGGAGCUUGUUCUUGGCGAUGCUCUGUAUUGUUUGGAGAUUAAAUGUCACACCUUUAUGAUUAA